AAAACCCAACAAAUUCUGGGUCUCUCUCCCUCUCUCGCAACCUUACCCUAUUUCAUUGGGUGGUGCCUGCGUGCAAUGGGCCAGGCGGCGUCUUACCCGGCGGAGCUGACCGGUCGGGAGGUGGCUACGCGGCUGUUUUCUCCGGCGACUGGUUCUGGAGAAGCUUUAGAUCGGAGGGAUGGUGGUGGAGAUCGUGAUUUCACCGGAGAUCUGCCGGAUGAGUGUUUGGCUCAUGUUUUUCAUUUCCUCGGCCCUGGUGAUCGGAAGCGGUGCUCCCUCGUCUGCAAGCGGUGGCUCUGCGUCGACGGACAGAGCCGUCAACGUCUCUCUCUCGAAGCUAAGGCGGAAAUUCUGCCUUUUCUGCCGGCGAUGUUCUCACGCUUCGAUUCCGUCACGAAGCUUGUCCUCCGAUGCGAUCGGAAAUCCGUUAGCCUCAACGAUGAGGGGCUGGUCAUGAUCUCUGUCCGCUGUUCGAAUCUGUUACGCGUCAAGAUCCGCGGUUGUCGCGAGAUUACGGAUCUGGGACUGGAGGCUUUUGCUAGGAAUUGUAAGAAAUUGAAGAAGUUCUCUUGUGGUUCCUGCAAUGUCGGUGCCCACGGCUUGAACGCCGUGCUCGAACAUUGCAAGCUUCUGGAGGAUUUGUCGGUGAGGCGUCUAAGAGGAAUACUUCGAUCGACCGAUCAAGUUCAGAUGCGUUCGUCGUCUGUGCUCAGGAUUUGCUUGAAGGAGCUCGAAAACGGACACGCUUUCGAACCUUUGGUUGCUGGAUCAAAAACCCUUAAAACGUUGAAAAUUAUUCGAUGUUUGGGUGAUUGGGAUGGAGUUCUAGAAAUGAUUGGAGAUGGAAAUAGUUCCCUGUCUGAAAUUCAUCUCGAGAGGCUCCAAGUCAGUGAUGUGGGACUCUCAGCUCUAUCCAAAUGUACAAAUGUUGAAACUUUGCACAUAGUGAAAACCCCGUGCUCGAAUACAGGGUUGAUCAGUAUUGCGGAGAAGUGCAAGCAACUCAGAAAGCUUCAUAUCGAUGGUUGGAGGACUAACAGAAUCGGCGAUGACGGAUUGAUGGCCGUAGCUAAACAUUGUCUUAGCUUGCAAGAGCUUGUUCUUACAGGUGUUAAGGCAACCCAUAUGAGCGUAGCAGCCAUUGCUUCAAACUGUUCAAAGCUUGAACGUCUGGCUCUGUGUGGAAUUGGAACCAUAGGGGAUGCUGAGAUUGCAUGCAUUGCCACUAAAUGCGGAGCGUUGAGGAAAUUCUGUAUCAAGGGAUGUCCGAUUUCGGAUGUGGGGAUUGAGGCACUCGCGAUGGGUUGCCCUAAUCUGGUGAGACUUAAGGUGAAGAAAUGCCGGGUGGUGACUGGUGAAGUUGGGGAAUGGCUGCGUGAACAGAGGAGGUCCCUGGUGGUGAGCGUGGAUGGGAAUGAACCCUAUGCCAUGGUUGAUGCUAACGGUGGCAAUGGAGGAGUUCGAGUUCUUGAGGCAGUGGUCGAGGACCAUCCUACAGAUCAAAUUGCUGAUGCAGAAGCUUCAAGUAACGUCAAUAAUGGCGGUAGAUUAGCAAUGGUUAGGACAAGGUUGGGGUUUCUGGCAUGUAGGAACUUGGUAGCGUGCACACUCAGGAGAUGGUCUCAUGGUGAUGAUGACAGUUCUACCCAACAGCUUUGAACAAGAUCGAAUCUUUGUCUCUGUGUGUGUAUUUUGCUUCUCUCUGUGAUUGGACCGGUUGCCUUUCUUACAUGUUGACCUCUGUGAAGUCUUCUCAA